UCCGUGUUGUGCACGCUGGCAAGAGCCACCACCGUCUUCUGCGAGGGCCUGUAUGCUACAUCGAUAUCGCUAAUAUCCUCAACCUGGCAGCUAGAAUCCGAGCAAGAGCUACCAGCCACUACAAGCGCUUCCCGAAGCGCUCACCAGAAGAUUAAACGACGAUAACGUAGUCAAGCACCUCCUGGGAACACGGAAGCUUUGGUCUAUCUCGGGGGGCAUGCUCUGCUAGCGGAUUAGAUCCUUUAUUCAUGCAGAGGAACGGAGAAGAGAAUACAAGGCACGCGGCCGAAAACGGCAACACCUACGUCAGCAGCAGAAUCUCAGGCGGCCCCGGCGGCGGCGGCGGCGGCGGCGGCGGCCUGUCCUCGCCGUCCAGAUCUCGCAAGCUUACUCCGCGCCACAUCACCUCCGGCCGGGUCUGCCGAUCCCCUUCGCCGGUGAACCACCGCCGCAUAUCCCUGGAAGAAGGCGUGGAGCUUUCGAGAGAGCCGUGGCGACAGGGGAAAGUAGGACCGGGCUGGGAGUCCAUCGAGGGAGGAGGCGGUAGUAGUAUGGGUGGGGCGAGCAGUCGCAACGGCCGGGGAGGGGGCGCGGAUGGGUCUGGGGCGGGGUACGAGGUGGUGGAACGCGAGGAGCCGUUGUUGCUCGAGGGGGGACCCGAGGAGCAGAACGAUGAGAGCAUGGCGGCCGGCCUGCUUUAUAGCGCCGGCGACAACUCCUCCUUACGGUUGGGGGGAGACUCCUCGUUAGGCCCCGCGUUCGGGCGGCACGGCAGGUCCGGCAGCGUACAGAACAACGGCGGCGAGGGGCUCUCGGAUCGCAACGGUUACAGCGGUAGGGGAGGCGGCGGCGGCGGAGGGGGGGGGGAAUGCUGUACCAUAUCGGGGAGACCGCUUGUGUACCUCUGCGCGGCUUGCUCGUCGCUGUGCUCGAUUCUGCUGGGCUACGACGUCGGGGUCAUGUCGGGGGCUAAGGAGUUCAUCCGUCCCGACUUAGGCCUCUCGACCGUGCAGAACGAGGUCAUGGUAGGGUCGCUCAACAUCGUGGCGGCGUUCGGAGGUCUCGUCGCGGGGAAAGCGGCGGACCGUCUCGGGCGGAAGCCGACGACGGCUCUGGCGUGCGUAGUGUUCAUCACGGGCGCUACCAUGAUGACCUUGAGCCACACGUUCUGGUUCCUACUUCUUGGGAGGGUGGUGACGGGAGUCGGGGUGGGAUGCGCCAUGGUGAUCGCUCCUGUGUACAUCACUGAGCUGGCCCCGCCCGACGUCCGGGGCAUGCUGGUGUCACUGACUGAUAUCUGCAUCAACGUGGGGAUCGUGUUUGGCUACGCCGCGAGCCUGCUGUGCUCGGACGUGUUCAACUCCGACUCCGCCAAGUGGCGCUCCAUGAUCGGCAUCGGCAUGCUGCCGCCCCUCCUCAUCCUGGCGUGCCUCUCUCUCAUGCCCGAGUCGCCCCGAUGGCUCGUUGCCGCGGGAAGGAACGCGGACGCUCUGCACGUCCUCAAGAGGGUAAUGGACGACGAAGACGAUGCGGAGAGCACCCUGCAGACCAUCUCGGAGGCCACCACCACCACCGAGGCUACGUGGAAGGACGUUCUGGUGCCUAGCGACCGGACGGUGAAGGCGGCCAUGGUCCUGGGGAUCGGCCUAGGAUUCUGGCAACAAGCCAGCGGGAGUGAGGCGGCGGUCUACUAUACGCCGGAAGUGCUCAAGGAUAAGGGAUGGGCCAACCGGGCGAUCUUGAGAGGAAACAUGGGCGUCGGCGGUUUCAAGCUCCUCGGAGAGGUCGUAGCCUUCAUGCUGCUCGACAGAAUCGGAAGACGUCCGCUCUUUCUCGUUAGCAGCGUGCUGGUGACGCUCUGCCUGCUGAUGGUCGGCUUCGCGUUCCUUCUCAACUGGACGAGCAUGCUCACCCUGUUCUGGCUGUGCAUGUUCAUGUUUACCUUCUCGCUUGGGCUUGGGCCCGUGACGUUCGUGGUCGCCUCCGAGAUUUUCCCGGUGACCAUCAGGGGCAAGGCGAUGUCGGUGGUGAUCUUUGUUAAUCGCAUGAUGAGCGGGGUGAUCGCUCUGUCGUACCAGAGCAUGUCAGAGGCCAUGACGCCGGAGGGAUCCUUCUUUUUCUUCGCGGCGCUGUCUGCCAUCUCCGUCGCCUUCUACUAUUUCUGGGUACCCGAAACACGAGGGAGGACUCUGGAAGAAAUUACCGCCGACCUGGGGUCAUCACUGCCCCCCUCCGUACCCGGGCCCAGAGCUGGCCCAGCGAACGGAGGGCCUCGACACGUGCCAUUGGCUCGAGACGACGAAGAAGUCUACUGAGGCCACGUUGGCGAGGACUCAGAAGGCCCUUUUGUGCGACGCGUCGAUGUUCCCAGAACCACGGAGGCGUUCUGCUGGGGGCAGAACGAGCAGCUUCGUGCGCCAUAUGCGGUGCUGGUAGGAGACAGCGAGCAGGGCCAACCUUCUUGUUACGUUUUGUAUUGUCUUACCUGCGUGGUUUUGAUUGUUUCCGCGGAAGAAGGCAGGAUCCUACACAACUUGUACACACUUUCUUUCCUGGUUUGCUUUUUCUGUUUCUACCGACGUGGGUGCGUUUCGUGCAGGCGUUUUUGUCCUGUGGGUCGUGUUAUCUGCAGUCAACAAUCGCGCUGCUGUGGUUUUGUUUUUGCUUUUCCGUGUGUUGUGUGCGUCGAAGAUAGUUGAGCCGCGCAGACCUCUUCCGACCGCGCGAUGGCUGGUGCGAGAGCGCUAGAACUAGCAAGAUGGACCGAGGGUGGCAUGCAUGCCUAGCAGCAGGUCGGUUGGUGUCACAGCUUACUGAGGUUCACUUAAAACCUUUUUAGGAUAAAAGACCCGACCGAGAGGACACGUGUCAUUGAUGUCCUGUAGAGUAAAUCGUUGAAUGAACUAGUUAGUCCGCGCGCGUAGCAUGUUGUGUAGCACUUCACCGAAUGCGAUUUGUUUCGUACAGCAGCUACUCGGCCUUAAUUCGCUUUCAGCCGUGAUGGAUAAACGGGUGUCGUGGUGCGUGCUAUCUAUCGGACGGUCGGAGGAUCCAUCAUCUCUCUCUAUCUAUUGUAUCCCCCGCCGUUCUCCUGUAAUCAGCCAGGAUGAUGAGGUCAUCAUUCGAAGACGACUUGAUUUUCCCAAGAUCUCCCAGCGUGCUGUCCUCGAAUCCACCGUGGAU